CUUUGGUUAAAUUGCAUGCAUUAACUAAUGAUCUCAUGUGUUCUAUCAAAAUCUUUCCAUUUCAAAAAUAUUAUUAAUUCAUCAUCUGUCCGUUACCUGAAUUUAUCCGGAAUUUUUAACCCGACAUGCAUUCCCUUCACGAAUGACGGAAAUAUAGAUUUUGAUGCGUUAAACCACAAUAUACGAAUAUUUGAAAACAUAUCAUUUUCGGGUUACAUAUUGUUUGGCACUACAGGAGAAUUUCCUUACCUAAAUCUUAAAGAAAAAAUUAAUGUAUUAAGAGAAUUUAAACAUAAAACGUCACCGGAGAAAAUUACAAUUGUAGGGACUGGUUGUGAAUCAACUGAUGAAACUAUUAAAUUAACUAAUGUCUUGGCAAAGGAAGGCGCCCAUGUCGCCCUAAUCCUGCCCCCUUAUUAUUACAAAGGUUUAUCAUCCGACGAUAUUUACUUGGUAAAACAUUUCGAAGAGGUGGCAGAUAGAUGUAAUAUUCCCGUAAUUUUAUACAACAUGCCCAAAUGCACGGGCGUCAAUUUAUCAAUUAACAUAAUCCUUAAAUUGGCGCAGCACCCUAAUAUAAUAGGGCUCAAAGAAUGUGAUAACAACAUAGUUAAAUUGUCUCAACUUAAUUAUGCUUUAAAGUGUAAAAAUGAUUAUGACAAGAAUGGAUUCAGAGUAUUGAUCGGUUCGGCCAGUAUGCUGUAUCCUUCCCUUCGAUUAGGUUACACAAGCGGUGGUAUAUGUGCUAUGGCCAACAUUUUAGGAAAACAAUUGUUAGUUAUAAACGAUAUAUUAAGUGAUAAAAAUUUGUCCCAAGAUCCAGAAUCGAUCGAAAAAGCAAAUAUCCUUCACAAUUUAGUCAUGACCACCAAUGAAUUUCUUGGCCGUUCCGGUGUACCAGGCUUAAAAGUUGCGAUGACCCUUCUCGGCUACAGAGGAGGUUUUCCUCGCCCUCCUUUGUUACCUUGUUCUAGUCAAACAAUUGAUGAGAUAAAAACAUUUUUGACUAGAAUUGGAAUAAUUGGCGAAGUUAAUGUAAAUUCAAAAUUACAAAGUACAUUUUAAAAAAAGCAUAUUCUUUGCACAUAUGAUGAAAUAUAUUAUAUAUAUAUCUAAUGCAUAAUUUAAA